UCUCGCACGUGCCUCCUCUAGUCCCCCCCGCCUCUCUCUCUCUCAUUGCUCCUUUCUCCUCUUUCCUCUUUGCUACGAUUAGGGGAAAGCUAGGGCUCUUGUUCGUCUUCUGGGGUUUCCGAUGACAUGGACAACGGGUACUGCCUGACCAAUAAUGGGUACUCUCUCUCGAACCUGUUCAAUCUCGAGCCCUUGAUGAACUUCCAAAUUCCCCACCAAGACGAUGAUUUUGAUGAUUGUGCCAGUAGUAGUCAGGAUGAGAGCAGAGGUACCCAAGGUAGAAGAGGAAGAUUAAAUGGGAAUGCUGUUGACACGCCUGAAUUUGGCUUAAGGAUGAGGAGAGUUAGCCAUAGGGAUGCUGGCAGUAAUGACGAAGAUGAUGGUGAAUAUGGCACCCGCAUCUCUGAAGAGGAUUACCGAUCGAUGCUCACUGAGCAUGUUGAGAGGUACAGACGAGUGAGGUUCAAGGGUUCUUCAAAUUUGGUAGCAAGCAAUACCAACACAACGGGCAUAAAGCGCAGUACUCAUACGAAGAGACAGAGACUAGCAAAUGAAGUAGUAGGUUCAUUCAAGGAUGAGAGAAGUAAUCGUGGAGUGGAGGUACACAAUGAGAUUUAUGCAGAUAUUAGUCCUCACAAGCAUGAGACUAACCAUGAAAUGGACUUCAGUAACGGGUAUCUUGAUCGAUACAAUUCGGUUGAGCCUGUUUACUUGGAUAUUGGCGAGGGUGUUGUCUAUAGGAUCCCACCUACAUAUGAGUAUCUUGCCCCAACUCUCGGAUUGCCCAGCUUCUCGGAUAUUCGCAUUGAAGAAUAUUUGCUUACCGGUCCCUUAGAUGCUUCUGGUCUGGGCUCAAUCAUGGCCUUGGACAGAAGGACUGGAGGUCGAAGUCAAGGCAUGGGAGAGACAUUGCCAACAUAUGAAUCGCUGCAGGCGAGAGUCAAGAGCUUGGCAUCUUCCAACUCAGUUCAAAAGUUCAAUCUUCAAGUCUGUGACUUGGGCUUGGAUUCGUCUUCAAUUCCUGAAGGUGCUGCAGGUGGGAUUCAAAGAUCAAUCAUGUCAGACAUGGGUAUUCUACAGGUUCAUUAUGUGAAGGUUCUGGAGAAAGGAGAUACUUAUGAGAUAAUUGAGCGGAGGUUGCCAAAGAAGCAAGUGGUGAAGAAAGACCCUUCUGUGAUUGAGAAAGAGGAAAGAGACAAGCUUAAGAAAGCAUGGGAUAACAUGCUAAAAAAUUUUGGCAGACAUUACAAAAUGUUUGUUAAUUUUCACAGGAAACAAGUGAUGGAUGCAAAGAAAUUCUCAGAAUCUUGUCAAAGAGAGGUGAAAUUGAGGGCAACUAGGUCACUCAAAUAUAUGAGGGGAGCACCAAUGCGCACCAGGAAACUGGCCAGAGAUAUGCUGGUAUUUUGGAAAAGAAUGGACAGGGAGCUGGCAGAACUGAGAAAAAAGGAGGAACGAGAUGCAGCAGAGGCCUUGAAACGUGAAGAAGAACUUCGAGAAGCAAAAAGGCAACAGCAGAGGCUUAAUUUUCUACUAUCACAAACGGAACUCUAUAGCCAUUUCAUGCAAAACAAGUCGGCACCACAAACUUCAGAGUCAUUGCCAACAACUGAGGGAGAUACUACAGCAGAAGGUGUUCCUUCUAGUUUGGUGGAUCUAAAGUCUGAUGAGGAAGAGGAUCCAGAAGAGACUGCUUUGAAGCGAGAAGCACUGAAGGCAGCCCAACAUGCAGCUUCUGAACAAAAGAAGCUUACUAGUGCAUUUGACAGUGAAUGCAUGAAGCUACGUGAAGGUGUUGAUAUUGAAGUUAUGGCAGCAGAAGCUUCAAUUGAAGGAUCUAGUAACAUUGACCUGCUGCAUCCCUCAACAAUGCCAGUAGGUUCAUCAGUGCAGACGCCUGAGUUGUUCAAAGGGUGUCUUAAAGAAUAUCAAUUGAAGGGUCUGCAGUGGCUUGUUAAUUGUUAUGACCAGGGUCUUAAUGGCAUUCUAGCUGAUGAGAUGGGCUUGGGGAAGACUAUCCAAGCUAUGGCAUUCUUGGCUCAUUUAGCUGAGGAGAAAAACAUUUGGGGGCCAUUUCUGGUAGUUGCACCUGCAUCAGUCUUGAAUAACUGGGCAGAUGAAGUAAGUCGCUUCUGCCCUGAUCUUAAAACUCUUCCAUACUGGGGUGGCCUUCAGGAGAGGACAAUUCUGAGGAAAAACAUCAACCCUAAGCGCCUCUAUCGAAGGGAAUCAUGCUUUCACAUACUUAUUACUAGCUACCAGCUUUUAGUAAUGGAUGAGAAGUACUUCAAGCGUGUGAAAUGGCAAUACAUGGUAUUGGAUGAAGCCCAAGCCAUUAAAAGCUCUUCAAGUAUACGCUGGAAGACCUUACUCAGUUUUAACUGUAGAAAUCGGCUGUUACUUACUGGCACUCCUAUACAGAAUAACAUGGCAGAGCUGUGGGCUCUUCUUCAUUUCAUUAUGCCUACAUUAUUUGACAGUCAUGAACAAUUCAAUGAGUGGUUCUCAAAAGGAAUUGAGAAUCAUGCUGAGCAUGGUGGCACUUUAAAUGAACAUCAGCUUAACAGACUGCAUGCAGUAUUGAAACCUUUCAUGCUUCGACGCGUUAAGAAGGAUGUAAUAUCAGAAAUGACCAGCAAGAAGGAAAUUACUGUACAUUGCAAACUAAGUUCACGACAGCAAGCAUUCUAUCAAGCUAUUAAGAACAAAAUAUCUAUUUCUGAGUUAUUUGAUGGCAGUCGUGGCCAUCUUAAUGAGAAGAAGAUCCUUAGUCUCAUGAACAUAGUCAUCCAGCUAAGAAAGGUUUGUAACCAUCCAGAAUUGUUUGAGCGCAAUGAAGGAAAUACUUCCUUUUAUUUUGGAGAGAUUCCAAGUUCUCUUUUGCCCCCACCUUUUGGAGAACUAGAGGAUGUGCACUAUGCAGGGAGUCAUAACCCUAUAAAGUAUGAGAUUCCAAAGCUGGUUUAUCAGGAAACUCUUCGAGAUGCUAAGUUACCUCAUUUCGCAUUGGGCCAUGUGGUCCAAUCUGAAGUGCUUGAGAGACUAUUUAAUAUCUAUGCUCCAGAGAAUGUAUAUAGAUCUGUGUCUCCGCAGGCUGAAGGCUUUGGACUGUCAAUUCCUGUGAACAGUGGGACAUUUGGAUUUUCUCGUCUGAUUGAUGUCUCACCUGAGGAAUUUAGUUAUAUCGCUAAAGUUUCUGUUUUUGAGAGGCUAUUAUUUGCUAUUAUGGCAUGGAAUAGAAAGUAUCUAGAUGAAAUAAUUGACUCAUUCUUGGAAUCAGAGGACAGUGAUCCUCAAUUUGAUGGUCUGGGGAAAGCAACAGUUAAAGCUGUCACAAGGAUGUUGUUACUACCCACUCGAUCAGAUUUAAAUUUACUGAGAAGAAAAUUUGCAACGGGCUCUGGUAAUGCCCCGUAUGAGGGACUUGUUACUUCACACCAUGAUCGAUUUAUAUCCAAUAUUAGACUCAUAAAUUCAACAUACACUUUCAUCCCUAGGGGACGAGCACCACCAGUUGAUGUUCACUGUUCUGAUAGAAGCUUUGCUUAUCAACUGCUUGAAGAAUUGCAUCAUCCCUGGUUGAAAAGGCUAUUUGUUGGUUUUGCCCGAACAUCUGAAUUUAAUGGCCCCAGAAGACCACUUAAGACCCACCAUCUGAUACAAGAGAUAGAUGCUGAAUUGCCCAUUGUGCAGCCUGUUCUUCAAUUGACAUACAAGGUCUUUGGAUCUUCACCUCCUAUGCAGAGCUUUGAUCCUGCGAAGAUGCUCACGGAUUCUGGGAAGCUUCAGACAUUGGAUAUAUUGCUAAAACGAUUACGGGCCGAAAACCACCGUGUACUUCUGUUUGCUCAAAUGACCAAGAUGUUGAAUAUUCUCGAGGAUUACAUGAACUAUAGGAAGUACAGGUAUCUUCGUUUGGAUGGAUCAUCAACUAUAAUGGAUCGUCGGGAUAUGGUCAGGGACUUCCAGUGUAGGAACGACAUAUUUGUAUUUCUAUUGAGCACUAGAGCCGGGGGUCUUGGAAUUAAUUUAACAGCUGCAGAUACUGUCAUAUUUUAUGAAAGCGAUUGGAACCCAACCUUGGAUCUGCAGGCUAUGGACAGAGCACAUCGACUAGGUCAGACAAAGGAGGUCACUGUCUAUAGGUUGAUCUGCAAAGAGACAGUUGAAGAGAAAAUUUUGCAAAGGGCAAGUCAGAAAAAUACUGUACAGCAGCUUGUUAUGACUGGUGGCCAUGUUCAAGGGGACCUUUUGGCACCUGAGGAUGUCGUCUCCUUACUUCUUGAUGACACCCAGUUAGAGCAAAAAUUAAGAGAGAUACCACUACAGGCAAGGGAAAGGCAGAAGAAAAAGCGGGCAACAAAGGGCAUUCGUGUUGAUGCUGAAGGAGAUGCCUCACUAGAAGAUUUAACAAACGUCAGUGGUGAGGAUGCAGGUGGUGAACAAGCACCUGAACGAGUGAAUGAAAAGGCAGGCAACAAGAAGAGGAAAGCAAAUUCUGAUAAGCAAGCACCUUCAAGGCAACGAAAAUCACAGAAAGAUUCCAAGAACGUCCAUCAGGACAUGGAGGUGAUUCAUAAUGCUCUAUUCGAUUAUGAUGAAGAUUUUGGGAAAAACAUGGAUGUUGUCCAGCCAAAAGUAAAGAGCCGUAAGAGGACAAAGACAAAUGUCAAUGAUGAUAGCCUUGUUGGAUCAAACACAAUAGCAGAAAAAGCAGUAGAUCCAUCUGAGGUCUCACCUCUUGUUGAUCUAACUCCUCUGACCGAUGGAGCAGAACUUGGUGAAGAGAGUUUUCACUGUGUACAGGACUAAAAAGUUGAUGGCAGGUCUUUUUACCAUGUUUAGAAGUCAGUUUCCAUCCUCACUCUUUGAUGGAGAGAACACAGGCCCUACUUUUAAAUAGAGGGGAUUUAUAAGCGUAGGACCUACAUGAGGAGGCAAGCACGGCUCCAUGAAUUUGCACACAUGUAUCAUCAGUCUUCAUGGCCAUUUCUGUGGGAUAAAGCUAACAAGCUAUCGGAUGUAUAUAGUCAUAUGCCACGAACAGCAGCACAGCUAUAUGGGAUACAGAUUCUCUUUUUCUGGCUGCAUACAUAUGCAUGUAUAUUUCUGAUUCUUUGGCUCUAUAGGUAGGGGAUAAUGGUUAGCAAGAAGUUUCCGAUGCAUCCUGUGGUUGGGCUUUCUUCUCUGGCUCAUGGGAUUGGCAGCGAAGCAGUUUGUGCCGCGGCUGCUGCAUUUUCAGCAGAUUUCAUUUAGUUCUGCUAUUUUUGUCAACUUUGAUUUACUAAUGCAAGUUUUGUUGUAACUAGCUAAAUGUAUAUGCCUUCUUAUUGAACUUUGAAGUGCAUGGCACCAGUAGCAACUGAAAUCAUUAUUUACAGGAGAAGGUUUCAGAGCUAUAAUAUAGAUGCUGUUGAUUUUAGAAA